AUGUAUGCAAUAUGGACACCACUGCUAAUUAUUUGCCUAUCAUGGACAUGCUCUUCGAGUCCCACUUCACAACUGCUGAAACCUAACCCCACCAUCAAACGACUAUCGCUCGCCUCUCAAAUUUCGGGGAAACAUCCUGGGUAUCUUGGAGCAUCUGAUGAUGAGCUAUGGGCCAUCUGGAAGAAAGCCGUUCAGGGCGCUCGAGCAGACUUCUAG